AUCUAUAUAAAACCGCGAAUAUGGAUUGUUCAGGCGUUCAAUUGCAACAAUUGGAUAGUAAUUGCAAUAAUGUGGUCCUUCAAACAAUGUUUGGUAAUUUUGACUUUGCAUUACACCAUCGUAAGUUCCAUACCGGUAAGUAAUGGCGACUUGGACAAAACAACACCCGAAAUGAUUGCCGACGAGGGCUAUCCAGUGGAAACUCACCACGUAACCACCAGCGAUGGGUACAUACUUUGCUUGCAUCGCAUACCUAAAGGAAAAAACGGAGAAUCCAACAAAAAAGUUGUGUUCCUGCAGCACGGGUUGCUGACGACCUCUUCCGAUUGGAUCCUCUUCGGACCUGAAGCUUCCUUGGGCUACAUGCUUGCUGAUAAAGGCUACGACGUUUGGAUGGGCAACACCAGAGGAAACACCUACUCCAGGAAUCACACCAAGUACAACCCGGACAAGGACGGAGCUUUCUGGCAGUUUAGUUGGAACGAAAUGGGUGAAAUAGACUUACCUACAAUGAUAGACUAUAUCCUGCAAAGUACAGGAGUCGAUGGAAUUCACUACGUAGGCCACUCGCAGGGCACCACCAGUUUCUUCGUUAUGGCUUCCGAGAAACCGGAGUACAAUUCCAAGAUAAAGGUACACAUCGCUUUAGCACCUAUCGCUUACAUGAAGCACAUAACGAGCCCGUUGUUGAAAAUAAUGGCGUUCUGGGAAGGCGCGAUUGAGCUGCUAUUCAAUCUCAUAGGAGAGAACGAAUUUCUACCGCAAAAAGGCUUCCUGCACCUAAUCACUGAAACCAUGUGCUCAAUCGGCGUGGGUAAACUUCUAUGCGAGAACACUCUGUUCGCGUUGUGCGGGUUCAGUUUGAACGAAAUGAACAUGACCAGAGUGCCUCUGAUCAUGCAUCACACUCCAGCCGGAGCUUCCACAAAGCAGCUGUUGCACUACGCCCAGGAAAUCGACAGCGGUCAUUUCAGGAAAUACGAUUUCGGUUUGAUCGGCAACCUGGGGAAGUACGGAAGUGUGUUCCCUCCAAACUAUGACUUAGGAAAAGUUAAGGCGCCCGUCUAUUUGAUUUUCAGCCACAAUGAUUGGUUAGCUGGAUUGAAAGAUGUGGAUAGACUGCAGAAUGAGCUGGGGAAUUUCGCAGGAAAAAUAUUAGUUUCUGAAGAGUCUUUCAAUCAUUUAGAUUUUACCUAUGUAAAUCUCGAAAGCAUCUCAUCUUCUAUUGCGGCGAUUAAGGAGUUAAAAGAUAAAGAAAUUACCAACAAUGAGGACCUAAAUAAGACUACACCAGAAAUGAUAACCGACAGCGGUUAUCCAGUAGAAACUCAUUACGUAACAACUUCCGAUGGAUACAUUCUGUGCCUACAUCGUAUCGUCCCUCAAACAAAAAAAGACGAUUUGAAAACCAAAGUAAUUUUCCUACAACACGGGAUACUCGCUUCAUCAUCCGAUUGGAUCCUCUUCGGUCCUGGAAAUUCAUUAGGAUAUAUUCUGGCAGAUCAAGGUUGGGAUAUCUGGAUGGGCAACGCGAGAGGGAACGUUUAUUCCAGACGACACACCACGUUUGACCCGGAUAUAGACGCGGAAUUUUGGGAUUUCAGUUGGCACGAAAUUGGUGAAAUUGACCUGCCAGCGAUGAUUGAUUAUGUGCUAGAUUCCACCAAAACAGAGAGUUUAUAUUAUGUCGGUCACAGCCAAGGUAACACAGCCUUUUACGUAAUGGCUUCGGAGAAACCGGAAUACAACAGUAAGAUAAAAUUACAAGUGAGUUUAUCGCCUGUUGCAUUCCUGAAACACAUGACAAACCCACUGCUAAAAGCUAUAUCCAUAUUUGAACAACCUUUUCACAUUCUAACGAAUGUGAUGGGGGUGAACGAGUUUUUUCCGGACUCUGGCUACAUUCAAUUACUUGCUAAGGAUAUGUGCUCCUACCAAUUGGGCUCUUACGUGUGCGAAAACAUUAUGUUUGUGUUAUGCGGCUUUAAUCCUGAGGAAAUAAGCAAAGAGCGAGUGCCUCUGAUACUCCACCACUCUCCAGCUGGUAUUUCGAAGCACCAACUUUACCACUUUGCUCAGGGCAUUAAAAGCGGACAAUUUAGGAAAUACGAUUUCGGAGUCAUAGGAAAUUUAAAAAAAUACGGCAAAAUCGUCGCACCGGAUUACGAAUUGAAUAAUAUCACGGCUCCGGUGUACCUAAUUUACGCUAAUAACGAUCGUUUAGCCAAUAUAAUGGAUGUUGAAAGGUUAUACAAGAGCUUGGGUAAUUGUAAGGGUAAACAUUUAGUUGAGGAAAAUUCUUUCAGCCACAUAGAUUUCCUUUAUGGCGUUAAUUCUCCGGAACUUGUGCAUAAACAUGUUGUCAAUUUAAUUACUAAUGAUGAAUAAAUUAAAAUUUGUAUGCUUUAUGAUGAAGAUAUAUAACAGUUGACUUUAUUAAAAUUUAAAUUACGCACCUACAGAUAUAUACAGAUUAAAUCUAUAUUAAUGAUUCCAAUUCAAAAUUAGUUUCUGUUAUCUAGGGAGAUUUUAAUUUUUUUUUGCGAUAAAUCAAUUCAAAAUAAAAUGUAUUUAUUGUAUGAAUUGAUAUUGUAGGUAUUGCAAAAAGAGAGAAAUUAUUAAAGUUAUUAUUAUUAAAGCUAAAUUGGUCAAUCAUUGAGAAAAGUUCAAUUUAGAUGUUUGGUAAAAGUUCUGUAUAAGAAUGAUGAGAGUAAUUGACCAAUUAAGGUUUAAUUGACAAUCAAAAAUUAAUUGAAAUCAAAC